AUGCCGACACUCAUCGGUCGUCUUUACUUGUUACUUAAUCUCAAAUAUCGACGAUCACGUGACCUUAUUAAUCAACACUUACAUCAUAUGAUCGAACAAGAGUUCCAAGAGGCACCAAUGAUGAGAGCUGAACGCAAGAAAAUAAGUUUGAUUGCAUCAUUAAUCGCUUCAUUACAACAAGAUGAAAAACUUGAAGCGUCAAAGACUGAAGAAGACAAAAAAGGACUUUCUCGUGCUGAAGUACUGGACGAGAUGCUGGCAUUUCUCAUGGCAGGCUAUUCGACAACAACAGCUGCACUGACCUGGUUUAUUCAUUUGGUCAGUGUACAUCCUGAAGUGCAGAACAAAAUCAAGAAAGAAUUGGCUCAGUAUAAUAUGCAAUCACUCUCCGUCGAACAACUCGAUUCCUUCAGCUAUUUGGAUUGUGUUCUUCGUGAAGUAUUUCGCUUUGUUCCACCUGCUUUCGGUACACUACGCACACUUACUGUCGAUGAUCGAUUGCCAUCGACGGGAGCUGAAUUGAGAAAAGGUGAUCUCGUGUUCAUUGCCAUCCAUAACAUGGGACGAGAUAGACGUUAUUGGUCAGGACCAGUUGAUCCUGAUCAAUUUUAUCCUGAACGAUUUCUAGUAGAAGGUAACGAUAUCAAUAAUAACAAAGCAGCAUCGAUUCCAUUUGGUGGCGGUCAUCGUCAAUGUAUUGGUCAAGAUUUGGCUCGAUUUGAAGUGAAGGCUAUUUGUGCUCGACUCAUGCAACGUGUAACAUUCGGUGAUGGUGGACCAGAAGUCAAUUCCGGCGAAUAUGCGGGUGAUGGAGGGGAUGCAACCAUACCAAAACGAAUGGGUGUCACAAUCACAUUCGACUCUGAUUAUAGCACAUAG